AGCAAGCCUAACAACUUCACCAUUCCGUUCCUCGCCGCCGCUACGGAGCACGGAGGCCAGAGAGACAUGCCCGUGCGCGCGCCGACACCCUCGCCUCCCGUGCGCCGCCACACGGGCAGUGCGAGUACGGCACGCCAUACACUUGAUUGAUGAUUGGCGAACACACCAGUCCGUGAACCAUGUCCACGGCGUGUCCUGCUCCGACGCCCGAUCCCGCACCCACCUCGGCCACUAGCUACCACCGGCCCUGCUGCGCCUCUGCUACAAAGCGAGAAAGCGCACGGCGCGAGCUCCCCCAAUUCCCCGGACGCCAGCAGGCCACGCCGCUACGCUCCGCUCCCCCCAGCCGGCAGCCGCCCGAUCCGUCCUAUCCAGCGGGCGGCGGCCAUGGGAUUCGACAAGGAGGCGAGCUCCUCGUCCUCGCGGCUCGACGCGGCGGCGCCGCUGCUCCCGCAGCACGGCGGCGCGGGCGGGCACCUGUCGUCGCAGCCCAAGACGUUCGCCAACGUCUUCAUCGCGGUGGUCGGCUCGGGCGUGCUGGGCCUCCCCUACACCUUCUCCCGCACGGGCUGGGCGGCGGGGACGCUGCUCCUCCUCGCCGUCGCCGCGCUCACCUUCCACUGCAUGAUGCUGCUCGUCGCCGCGCGCCGCCGGAUCGCCGACGAGCACCCCAAGAUCGCCUCUUUCGGGGACCUGGGCCACGCCGUCUACGGCGCGCCCGGGAGGCACGCCGUCGACGCCAUGCUCGUGCUCAGCCAGGCCAGCUUCUGCGUCGGCUACCUCAUCUUCAUCUCCAACACCAUGGCGCACCUCUACCCCAUCGGGGCUGGCUCCCCGGACUCCCCGCUCCUCACCGCCAAGGCGCUCUUCAUCUGGGCCAUGCUGCCGUUCCAGCUCGGCCUCAACUCCAUCAAGACGCUCACGCUCCUCGCGCCGCUCAGCAUCUUCGCCGACGUCGUCGACCUCGGCGCCAUGGGCGUCGUCCUGGGCCAGGACGCCUCCAUCUGGCUCGCCAACAAGCCCCCCGUGUUCGCCUUCGCCGGCCCCGCCGAGAUCCUCUACGGGCUCGGCGUCGCCGUCUACGCCUUCGAGGGGAUCGGCAUGGUCCUGCCGCUGGAGGCGGAGGCCGCGGACAAGCGCAGGUUCGGCGCCACGCUCUCGCUGUCCAUGGCGUUCAUCGCCGUCAUGUACGGGCUGUUCGGAGCGAUGGGCUACCUCGCGUUCGGCGCCGCCACGCGGGACAUCAUCACCACCAACCUCGGCACAGGGUGGCUCUCCGUCCUGGUGCAGCUCGGCCUCUGCAUCAACCUCUUCUUCACCAUGCCCGUGAUGAUGAACCCGGUGUACGAGGUCGCCGAGCGCCUGCUCUGCGGCAAGCGCUACGCCUGGUGGCUGCGCUGGAUCCUCGUCGUGGUCGUCGGGCUCCUGGCGAUGCUAGUGCCCAAUUUCGCCGACUUCCUCUCGCUCGUCGGGAGCAGCGUCUGCGUCGUGCUCGGGUUCGUGCUGCCCGCCGUGUUCCACCUCAAGGUGUUCGGCUCCGAGAUCGGGUGGGCGGCGCUCGUUGCCGACGUUGCCGUCAUCGUCAUCGGGGUUGCGCUUGCGGUGUCUGGGACAUGGACAUCGCUCGUUCAAAUCUUCGGUUCUUCUUCCAAUGUGUAAGCAUUGACAGCUUCUCAUCUUGUAAAAUGGAUCAUGCCUUGCUACUGCAUGGGGAACGCUCAAUUGUACAUUGAUUCGAGAAGAUUGAGGCCCAAUUCAGCUGCCAUGUUGAUCUGGGCAUACUUGCAGUGCUUCAAAAUAUGCGAUGGCAUACGCAAUUGAAAUCUAUAUAAGCUUUUGUUCAGGUAUAGGUUCCAAUUGUAACUCUGUAGCAUGUCCAUGUGUGUAUAUCCUAUGUGACCUUGAAAGAGAAAAAAGAAAGAAAGAGGAAUCAAAUGGAUGCAUGUAAAAAUGCACGAGUAGCAUGUUAUGACUUUAUUAAAAAGAGUUGUAAUAGUGUGUUUCAGGAUCUCUAUUGUCUCGUGUUCUGUCAAUUCCUUAGCCCUGAAACUAGUUGUGUACUAUUGAUCUC